AUGAACGACCGUUCGACGCCUGAAGAAGCUUGGAAAGGUAUGGAAAUUGGCUGGAUGGGUGCCCCACGAGGUGCAGCGAAACGAACAAACACCAUUUUUGAAGAAUCUUGUCACUGGGGAUGGGAUCUGCUCCCACAUCCGCCGUACUCACCGACAGAAGCACCAACGGACUAUCAUGUCAAUCGCUCUUUGAAAAACUGGCAAACAAACAAAGUCUACGACGACUUGGAUGACUUGGUGGCUGAUGUCAAAGCGUGGAUUGCCUCCAAGAAUCGUGACUUCUUCGCACGUGGAAUCGACCGACUGCCAAGCAAAAGGGAAGCAGUUCUUGAAGUGGAUGGUGACUAUGCUCUCGAAUGA